AUGUCAGGAAACUCUUCAGGGCUGUUGGAUAGUUCUGGCGGCGGCGUGGGCGGUUCCGGCGAGGAGGAGAAAGAUAUGAAGAUGGAGGAAACCGGCGAAGGAGGCGGCGGUGGAGGAAACCGGUGGCCAAGACCGGAGACUUUAGCUCUCUUGAGAAUACGUUCGGAGAUGGAUAAAGCCUUUCGUGACUCUACUCUUAAAGCUCCUCUAUGGGAAGAAAUCUCCAGGAAAAUGAUGGAGCUUGGAUACAAGAGAAGUGCAAAGAAAUGCAAGGAGAAGUUCGAGAACGUGUACAAGUACCACAAACGUACCAAAGAAGGUCGUACCGGAAAAUCCGAAGGCAAAACUUACCGGUUCUUCGAAGAGUUAGAAGCUUUCGAGACUCUCAAUUCCUAUCCACCUGAACCCGAAUCGCAACCCGCUAAAUCUCUUGCAACUGUCACGACCACGACCGCAACCGCAACCGCAACUAUGAUGCCGUGGAUCAACUCUAACAAUCCAUCAGCCGAAAAGAGUUCUUUACCGAUGAAACAUCAUCAUGAUCAGGUUAGUGUGAAAACCAACACCACAAACCCUACCUUCCUGGCCAAGCAACCAUCUCCUACGGCAACUUUCCCUUUUUAUACCAACAACAAUACUACUGUUGUUGAUGCUGGUUUUAAACAAACUUCUAAUGAGUUGAUGAACAAUGUUUCGUCGCUGAAUCUUUUCUCGAGCUCAACUUCUUCAUCUACUGCAUCUGAUGAGGAAGAAGAACAUCAUCAUCAGGGCAAGAGAUCGAGAAAGAGAAGGAAGUAUUGGAAAGGGUUGUUCACGAAGUUGACAAAAGAGCUGAUGGAGAAACAAGAGAAGAUGCAAAAAAGGUUCUUGGAAACAUUGGAGAAUCGCGAGAAAGAGAGAAUCUCAAGGGAAGAAUCUUGGAGGGUCCAAGAAGUGGCAAGAAUCAAUAGAGAACAUGAAACACUGGUCCAUGAGAGGUCAAAUUCCGCGGCUAAAGACGCUGCAAUCAUAUCCUUCUUACACAAAAUCUCUGGAGGACAACAACAACAGCCACAGCAGCAACCGCAGCAGAAUCAUAAAGCAUCACAAAGGAAACAAUAUCAGAGUGAUCAUCCAAAAACAUUUGAGAGUAAAGAGCCAAGGCCGGUUCUACUUGAUACAACAAUGAAGAUGGGAAAUUACGACACCAACCAAUCGGUGUCUCCUAGUUCUUCAAGAUGGCCUAAAACCGAGGUCGAGGCCUUGAUAAGGAUAAGGAAGAAUCUUGAAGCUAACUAUCAAGAAAACGGUACCAAGGGACCACUAUGGGAAGAGAUCUCCUCAGGAAUGAGAAGAUUGGGAUACAAUCGCAGCGCGAAACGGUGCAAGGAGAAAUGGGAAAACAUAAACAAGUACUUCAAGAAAGUCAAAGAGAGCAACAAGAAACGACCCCUUGAUUCCAAGACUUGCCCUUAUUUUCACCAGCUCGAAGCUUUGUACAACGAGAGGAACAAAAGUGGAGCAUUGCCAAUAUUGCCUCUAAUGGUGACUCCAGAGAGACAGUUGCUUCUCUCACAAGAAACAGUACUGCCUGAGUUUGAGACGGAUCAGAGGGACAAAGUUGGUAACAAAGAAGGUGAAGAAGAAGGAUUAAGUGAGGAAGAUGAUUACGAUGAAGAAGAAGAAGAGGAGGAGGGAGAAGGAGACAAUGAGACAAGUGAGUUCGAGAUUGUGUUGAACAAAUCAUCUUCACCUAUGGACAUAAACAAUAAUCUUUUCACCUAA